AACCAACUUGUGGAUAUGAGGGCAAAGGUCUCAAAGACUUUCAACAAACAAGUACUCGUGGUUUUCAAGGACGGCUAUCAGAGCACUUGGGACAAGACCCAGAAGAUAGGGGCCAAGCUUGUUUCUGUGCUCUGGGUUGAGAAAUGCAGGACAGCCGGAGCACACAUCGAUGAGUCCUUGUUCCCCGCGGCCAGUACCAAUGAGCGCUUACCAAGCCUGGUGAGAAAAAAGUGUAAGUGUAUGCAUCCCAAAGAUUAUUCCAAAACACCAGCAAAUGAUAGAAGACUUCAAAAGAAAUUUGAAAAGAUAUCUGAAGAGCUACAAAGGCAAAAGACAACUCUAGAGGACGAUGUCUCUGUCCUCUUGUUUGAAUCCUGUGGCUCACUGAUGUACAGCCCCACAAAUAAAAUUAGCAGUCACCACAGUGCCAUGGGGAAGGGAUUACAAGAGAUGAAAGAGAAGAGGGAAAAUCUUUCCCCUACCUCUUCCCAGAUGACUGAGCAAUCUCAGGAGAACCCAGAUACCUCUCUGUGUGAAGCAUCUUUGAACAUUUCACAGAAUCCUUUGUGUUCAGAUGAGUCCUUUGCUGGUGGUUUACACUCAUCUUUUGAUGGUCUGUGUGGAAAAUCAGAAUGUGGAAAUCAGGAAAGGAAAUGGGGAGGAUCUGUUAAAGAAAUUAGAAGUGAUGCAUGCACCUCCUCACCUGUGUUGAUGACAAAUAUCCACUUGUCAGUAUCAUCCAGUGACCUCAAUCAAUCCAGUCCUCAGAAACCCAUGAGCAGUUUUUCAAAGGAAGAAAUAAGUCAGGAGAGAGAUAUUACAGGUGAAACAGUGGCCCCAGGCCAAACACAAGCCGAAGGUGUGUCUAAGGCGAUGCUAGGAAAAUGCAUUUUGUCUCCUACCAUAUCUACAACAAAAGACCUCCUUUUAGUUCAUUCAAGGCCCAAAAGUUCCUUAGCAAAGAGAAAAAAAGUGGCAGUGGACAUACAUUUACCUCUACGACAAAAACUGAAGAGAAGGAGGUGCAGCAGCAGGGCUGCCACGCAGCACCUGCAGCUGUUCAAGUUGGAGCGCCACCUGCCAACCAUGGCCACAGGUGCUCUGGAGUGCUCCUCUUAUGAGGACUACUUUUCACCUAACAACCUUAAGGAAAGGAGUCCCAGGCUUCUUCCUCCUCACUUCGGCUGUGGAAGUCUCUCUAAAAGGGAAAGAACAAGCAUACUAGGAAUGGCUGACUUUUCCUGUAUUGGGGAAAAACCCUCAACAGUCAACAUUACCGAUUUAACAGCAAAACCUAGCUUCAGUCUUCAGAAACCCACAAACGACAAAGGCAAUACAACAUCUGCUAGCAUGGCUUUUGGAGAAACAUCUGCAGCUGAAGAAAACCCAGUGCUUGGUAGCCAGUCUGGCCCUCAGCAGAGGGACACUGCCUGCCCAGAGGGAAGCAGCCGGCCUUACACCGUGGACAGCUCCACUCAUCCGAAAGGACACCCUGGCCGUUUAAUGCCUAAGAAGGGAAGCAGUAGGGUAGUGAGAGGAGUGGUUGGCAUAAACAGUAUGCAGGAAGAAGGUUCCACCUCCAGAGUGCCGGGCUCUGCUGAGGAUGAAGCAAAAAACGAUUGUACGCGAAAGUUUGGAGGUGAUUAUGAUGUAGAGAGGUCGACGGAAGACAAGGAAAAUGUGGCUGCAGGACGUAGUGAAAGUAUAUGA